AUGGGAGUACAACCUCAUUCAAGUCUGCCAUACAUGCAAGUCCAAACAACCAAGCCACGUCGAGACUCACCUGCUAGUAAACAUCACGUCUUGCGUUGGCAUCGUCAUCCUGAUCCACCCGUACGUGUUGUCGUGCUUCCUGAAGAGGCUCAACAACUGAAGGAGAAGAUUCUACGCACUCAUAAGCUCAAGCUUACGCGUUUCAGUCUGAGUCACAUGAAAAAGAUUGUCGUGCCUCCUGUUGAAAUUCCCAAAGAGAUGAACAGCCAUCGUGCAUUGAGCGUGACGGUCGCUGGUCGGAGUGUUCCACUCACACGCUGUAUGUGGGACAAUACAAAGCGCAAGACGCACCACAUGGAGCAGAUUAAUGAGUCGUACCCAUUAAAUUGCACACUCUUUCGAUGA